AUGGUGGAGGAAAGAGAGAGAGAGAACGGCAGGGAAAACAAAGAGGGACCAAAUCGAGAAAGUUCAGCAUCCGGCAGAUCAGGCAGAGCAGGCAGAUCAGACAGAGCAGGCAGAUCAAUGGAAAGACCAAUCAACAGAUCAACAGACAGACCUACAUCACACACAUCGCUUACAUUAAGCGGAUCCACGCACCCUGCUGGCCCAGAAAAUGAUUCCUCCACACCGCACAGAUCUGCCACAUUGGCUUGCCUAGCCGAAGCGGCCGCCCGCGCCGCCGUCGCCGCCGCAUGGACCGAAGUCGCCCACACGGUUCUCCCCGCAGUGGAGGCGGAAGUGGCGGCGCUCGAAACGGACCCGGUCUUUGGCCACACGGAAACGUUCCCGCUCCCACUGAUGGAGCAAAUCGUGGCCUGCGGCGGCGACUGGCAGUCGCCGGCAUUUUCGCCCGCCGAACAACACCUCUACGCCUGUCUCGCGCGAGUGCGGGCGCGGCUCGCCCCACUAGGCGUGCUGAUGGAGCUCGUGGCGCAGCGGGUUCGCGCAGUGGCCCACGACGCGGCGCUGUUUUUUCCAGGCGCCGCCGCCCUGCUUUCGGCGCGCCAGACGCGGCUAUCCGCCCGGUGGCUGGGCCUCGAGGCGCGCGCCGCCCUGCUUUCGGCGCGCCAGACGCGGCUAUCCGCCCGGUGGCUGGGCCUCGAGGCGCGCGCCGCCCAACUUGACUUGUCGUUGGUGGUGCAGCGCUGGGAAAACGUCUGUUUGCACGUGGCCGAGGACGUUGGGCGCCGCUGCGCCGAGAUCGGCGCGUUGCUCGAUGACGGCGAAAAAGAGCCUGCCGCCGCGUUGUAUCGUCUUUGCGCCGCUGCAGUGGCGUUGGUUCAGGCGGCGCAUGCGGCGGGCGCCGUGCGCAGCGAGACGGUGGCGCCGGCGUUCAACGCCAUGCUCGUGCCGUGGCGCGCCGUGAGCGCGCGCGUUUCGCGCGCGCCGCUCCGGCCGUUUCGCGUGGCGCUGGCCGCCGCGCCCGGCUUUGCGCGCGCGCCCUCUGUGUCGCGCGUGGCACUGGCGUCACCUGGCGUGGGAAAUCCCGAGGCGGCAAAGUCAGGAAAAUCAGGACAAUCCGGUCUAGGAUCUUCAGGUUUGGGAUCUUCUGGCGGCAGAUCAGAAGGGUCUGCUCUCCUGCCGCUGGUGGCGUCGCCGUUGCCCGGCUUGGACCUUGGCCUUGACGUCGAUCCGUCGCCGUCGGUUCCUAUCAGUGUCAAGACGGACCGAAUCGUCGACUUGGACAUUGUGCCGGGCCCGCUUUUGAAUCUCCAGCCACGGGAAACCGAGGAUGUGGAUGGUGCCCUAUUGGAACUGAGCGGUGCCCUAUUGAAACUGGGCGGUGCCCUAUUGGAACUGGGCGGUGCCCUAUUGGAACCUGGCUUUCUCAUCCAGAAGAGCUCCAGAAAGAAAAGAAACCAAAGAUCCGGAAUGGACAUCAGUGCUUUGGAAGAGAAGAAUGGUUCAGAAAAGAGGACUCUGGACGGAAAUGAAGCGGCUGGUAUGAACAUCAGUAUGAAAGUCAAGAUACAAGGAACGAUACAUGAGACUGACAAGACUGACAUGUAUGUAAACAAGUCUCGCUCUAGAUUUGACCAUUUUGACAUCAAUAACUCUGACAACGUUGACAGCUCUGAAAAUCCUGACAGCUCUGACUACCCCGACAACCCUGACAAUUCUGAUAGCUCUGACUACCCCGACAAAUCUCACAAGCCUUACAUUCCCGUCACACAUUCCUUUCACAGCCACGAAACCACCCCAAAACAUCUACCCUCAUAUCUACCCUCUCGUAUUCCCCUCAUAGUGUCAAACUACACAUCGCUCGGCCUCCCCGUCAUCAAGAAAAAAUACACCCACUUGCCUACACGCAUCGCCAGCAUCAGCCCAUCUCAUCCAGUGUUUAUUUCGCCAGAACGCAGGGAAAUACACACACCCAAACAAACUCCGGAAUCCCGGUCCGACUCGCCGCGUUUGCGCAGCCCUGUCGUCUUCAACAUGUCCCAUCUCACCAAACAUUCCGCAGAGCGCUCGUCGUCUUUGCAGAAGUCCGCCGACCAGAUGUCGCUCCGUGGCCUCCGAACACCGGACUUGAGCACUGGUCGAUCGUCCAAAUUGACACAGUCAGCCGAAAAUCCAGUAGUCAAAUCCGCAGAGAGACUCUACUCGCCAGGCACGUACGCCAAAUCGCCCCGCUUAAAGCCUUCGCAACUCAAAUCUCCCGGCAUCACUUUGCCCUCUACGUCGCCUGAACGCCCCGAAACGUCUAUCGGUUCCCGUUUCGACGACAUUAAUCUCCCGCGCCUGGUCAAAGAAGCGAGGAAAGCUUGGCGGUAA